CUCGCACGCCCGACCUCACCGCGAUCCCCGCCGCCCGACCGCGGGCAGUCGACCGCCCACCCUGGCGCAGCAAUGCCCGCUCAGAUCCUCCAGACCGUGACCGCGAGCCUCGCCCGGCCCGGCAGCAAGCGCAAGAUGGAGCGCGCGCAGGACCUCUUUCUGAUCACCGACCAGGACGUCGCCUACGAGCAGGAUAUCCAGCGCAACGCCGGCAGCGUCAAGCCAUGGCUGGACUACUACAGCUUCAAGCGCAGCCGCGGCAGCAUCCUCGAGCAGGCCUUCGUGCUGGAGCGCGCCGUCACCACCCUGCCGCGCUCCUACAAGCUGUGGAAGCUGUACCUGGAGCUGCGCACCCGCCAUCUCGCGAAGAAGAACCCGGCCAAGUUUGCGCCGCACUUCCUCAAGGUCAAUUCGCUGUUCGAGCGCGCCCUGGUCCUGCUGAACAAGAUGCCGCGCAUCUGGGAAAUGUACCUGGCCUUCCUCAUGCAGCAGCCCCUCGUCAGCACCACCCGUCGCACCUUCGACCGCGCCCUGCGAGCCCUGCCCCUCACUCAGCACAACCGCAUAUGGGCCCUCUACCGACCCUUCGCGACCUCUGCUUCUGGCGAGACGGCCGUCAGGAUAUGGCGGAGAUACAUGCAGAUCCACCCCGAGGACGCCGAGGACUUCAUCGAACUGCUCAAGGACAUGCGCAAGUACACCGAGGCCGUCAAGAAGUACAUGGAGCUUCUCAACAACCCGCAUUUCAAGAGCAAGGAGGCCAAGGGACCCUUCCAGUUCUGGACUGAGAUGAUCGACCUGCUGAUCGACCAUGCCAAAGAGAUCGACGCCAGCGACGACAGCGGCAUCGAUGUCGAGAAGAUUAUCCACAGCGGUAUCGCCAAGUUCCCCGACCAGCGAGGUGUGCUUUGGGUCGGCCUGGCGCGGUACUGGAUGCACAAGGGCGAGUACGAGAAGGCACGAGACGUGUUCGAGGAGGCCAUCACCACUGUCAUGACCGUUCGAGAUUUCUCCAUGGUCUUUGACACCUACGUCGAGGCCGAGGAAACCAUGAUUGGGGUCAAGAUGAACGACGCAGCUGCUCGUUCAGACAAGGGCAAAGUGGACGCAGCUGCUGACGCGGAUCUUGACAUCCGGCUCGUUCGUUUCGAGUCGCUGAUGCAACGGAGACCGUUCCUACUCAACGAUGUCUUGCUGCGGCAGAACCCACACAAUGUCAUCGAAUGGGAGAAGCGCGUGGCCUUGUGGGGCGACAACAAAAAGGAGGUGGUCCAAACUUACACAGAUGCCAUUGCCGCGAUUCACCCGAAAAAAGCAGUGGGCAAGUUCCACGAGCUCUGGACAAACUACGCCAAAUUCUACGAGGCUGGUGGUAGCUUACACAACGCUCGCGCCAUCAUGGAGAAGGCCGUCAAGGUUCCCUUCAAGUCGGUUGCCGAACUUGCCGAGAUGUGGUGCGAGUGGGCAGAGAUGGAGCUGCGCAACGAGAACUUUGACAAGGCGGUCGAGAUCAUGGCCAAGGCUACGCAGGCGCCUAAGCGAUCGAACGUCGACUACUUUGAUGAGUCCUUGACACCGCAGCAGCGUGUUCACAAGAGCUGGAAGCUGUGGAGUUUCUACGUCGACCUCGUAGAGAGUGUCAGCACGCUGGAAGAGACCAGGAAGGUGUACGAGAGAAUCUUUGAGCUUCGCAUCGCUACACCGCAAACCGUCGUCAACUACGCCAACCUGCUCGAGGAGAACAAAUACUUCGAAGACUGCUUCAAGGUCUACGAGCGCGGUCUCGACCUCUUCAGCUACCCGGUCGCAUUCGAGAUCUGGAACUUGUACCUCACCAAAGCCGUCGACCGCAAGAUCGGCAUGGAGCGCCUGCGAGACCUUUUCGAACAAGCCGUCGAAGGCUGUCCACCCAAGUUCGCCAAGGUUCUAUACCUCAUGUACGGCGCCCUCGAAGAAGACCGCGGCCUCGCACGCCACGCAAUGCGCAUCUACGAGCGUGCAACCCGCGCCGUCGCCGACGAAGACCGCAUGGACAUGUUCAACUUCUACAUCACCAAAUCCGCAUCUAACUUCGGCCUCACAUCCACACGCCCGAUCUACGAGCGCGCUAUCGCCGCGCUACCAGACGCCGAAGCAAAGGAAAUGUGCCUCAAGUUUGCAGAUAUGGAGAGACGGCUGGGGGAAAUCGACCGCGCAAGAGCCAUCUACGGUCACGCGUCGCAGUUCUGCGACCCCAGAACGAGCCCCGAGUUCUGGAAGAAGUGGGAGAGCUUCGAGGUCCAGCACGGAAACGAGGAUACUUACAAGGAGAUGCUGCGUAUCAAGCGCAGUGUUCAGGCUCAGUACAACACGGACGUCAACUUCAUCGCCUCGCAAGCCGUCGCGCGCGGGCAAGCCAACGACAGCUCCGAAACUCUCGUGGACGACUCAGCGGCUGGCGAAGACGCCAUGGCCGCGCUUGAGCGCCAGGCUCGCGCUCCUGCUGGUUUCGUCGCUGCCAGCACUGGUCUCAAGGGGAACAUUGCCGCUGUGGAAGACACAGCUGCGAACCCAGACGCAAUCGAUCUUGAUGACGACGAUCUAUGAUCCACUCGCGGUGGACCACUUUAGGGAUAGAAGGAUUGGGGACGGAUGGAUAUCUGGGGUGUGCAUAUCACGGCGUUUGGGUCGCCUCUCCACGAGAUGGCGUUUGUGAAUUUGUACGUGUAUGGCCUAGAGCCAUUGCAUAUUCGGCGCGUCUACUUUCCUUUAUCGCUUUGCGUGUGGGAGAUAUCAAAAUGAAUUUGCGACUCCUUACCAGCCGGGAACCGGACUUUUCCUUUGUGUUGAACGAGAUGGUGGAUCUUUUCUUCUUUUCCUACACCCUUCAAUUCGUAUAUAUCAGAUCGAAACUCAUACAAAACAUCUCACAUAUCAACCCGAGCUUCGUACUCCAAGCUAGCUAUGAAAUGGUCGAUGCACG